AAACUCCUACCGGUUUUGUCGGCUCAAAUGUAAACACUAGGACGUUCUGAUCUGUGGCUAUUCCGGCAACUCACAUCCGUUUAAAAAUAGAUUUGUCUUGUCACUUGAGUAGUGAUGUCAUGUUGUGUUAAAUGUGCUAAAAGAAUCAAGAUUUGCCAAAUUCAACAUUAAAAAGUCGUCAUCUUAUUUUGAUAGUGACCUUCAUUUCAGAAAGAGAUCAUCCUCACUAUUAAGGUCCAUCAGAAGUUGUGAAGCAAACCUAGAGCUGCUGCCGUGUUUUGUCAGCACUGGGAAAGGCCAUUUAGGAAAAAGCAGUAUGGCAGACAGCAAAACAAAAUCUGGAAAUAACCCGGAAAAAACUGCAGAUGGCAUAUCUGAACUUAAGAUUAAACAAAUUGAAGAUGAAGUAGCAUCCAGCUACCUCCUUGUGGAUAUUGGUGCAAACCUUACAAACUCAAAAUACUCUCGAGAUCUGGAUUCAGUGGUGGAGAGAGCGAAAGAUGCAGGUGUUAAGAAAAUAAUGGUGACAGGGGCUUCAGUGCAGUGCAGCAAGGAAGCCUUACGGCUAACUAGGCUGUACCCUGGAAUGCUCUAUUCGUCGGCUGGUGUGCACCCUCAUGAUGCCAAAACUUGGACAGAUGACUGCUAUGACAUCAUAAAGGAGUUGGCUAGCAACCCAGAAUGUGUUGCUGUAGGGGAGUGUGGUUUGGAUUUCAAUCGCAACUUCUCACCUCAGGAUGUACAAAUGGAAGUGUUUGAGAAGCAGGUUCAGCUGGCUUGUGAUGUUGGCAAACCGUUGUUUCUUCACGAACGUGACGCCCACGACGAUAUGGUGAGGAUUCUGGAAAAGUUCAAGGAUCGCAUGCCCCCGGCAGUGCUUCACUGUUUUACCGGAACAACCGCCCAAGCGUUGAAAUAUUUAGAAAUGGGGCUGUACAUCGGACUGACAGGUUUCCUGUGGAAAGACAAGUCAGAUGACGGAGUGCGAUCGAUCCUCGAAAAAGGACUGAUCCCUCUCGAUCGAUUACUAAUCGAAACGGAUGCUCCGUUUAUGUAUCCGAACGUGCGUGGAUCCAAAAUCCCAGCCAACAUCAAACAAGCCCUGAGCGACAGGUCGCUGUCGUUCUUGAAUCGCUACUGCACCUUCCAGCGCAACGAGCCGUGCUCCCUACCUGUGAUUGUGGAAAUGAUUGCUGCUUAUAUGAAACGACCCGUGGAAGAAGUGGCUAUGGCCACGACUAUCAAUGCGAUAAAGCUUUUUGGCUUCAGUUGAAAAUUCGUGCCUUACACUAAUCCCGUACAUUUGAGAUGACAUCGACGACUCUCUUUUCAAAAAUGGUAAAAGGAUAAAAAAACGGAAAAAUCUUUUAAAAAGA